CACACAGCAAGGCUUAUUCUGGAGCUGCGCUUUACAAGAAACGAAAACUCUCGUAUUUGGGAUCGACGGUCGGCUCGGAACAAUAAAGCCUUAGUUCGAGCAAAGUAUUGCCAGCUAGUUAAAGGAAUAUUUCCAGCAGGCUCCAAAUGCAUCUCCCUGAACACUCAGCAGCUCGCUAAAUAUGCCCCUGGGGCAGCGCCGCUCUGGUAAUUAUAAAGACCCCCCAACAGCAUCCUCUUGGGUCAGCGCGCUGCCUGUUGCCCCGUUUGGGAGGCUGCUCGGUGGUGCGGGCUGGAUUCGUACCCAAGACUUGGGCAUCCCUCCCUGCCAAGAGCGGCUGUUUUGGCCAGGGAAAAGCUGACUGUUUGAUUUGGGAGGCCGGACCAGAGCCGCUUGGAUGCUGACCCUUGUCUCCUGUGUCGGCAGAGUGGUGGUCCUCUUGGCGGCUGUUUCGGUGACCACGUCCAUCACCAUGUCAGGAGAAUGGGGAGAAGAAGGGGUGACGUAUGCCCAGCUGGGGAAAGAAGUGAUCCUGACGUGCGCUGGAGCGAGUCCCGGCUCCUCGGUGGAAUGGCGGUGGAACGGAGGCCCCGUCCUCCCAGAAGACUCUGCGGUGCAGGCUGGACAGCUUCUCCUGUCCCACCCCCAGCUCUCCUCCGAAGGGGUCUACAGCUGCCACGACACCAGCGGGGUCCUCCUCAGCUCCACUGUGCUCCGUCUCGGACGCCUGCCGGGGAAGCCCUCCAUCUUGUGUACGGCACCAAACUAUGAGGACCUUUCCUGCUUCUGGGCUUCCACCGUCGAGACCUUCCUGCCCACCAGAUACAUCACGUCCUACAGGAGUGGGUCCCUGGAUGUUGCAUCCAAGAAGCAAAGGUCUGCGCCCAUUGUGGAGGGGCCCUGCAUCCAGGAUCCUGCCCACCCGUUCUCCUGCACCAUCCACCAGUCCAUGUUCUGGUCCGGAUACUGGAUCAACGUGACGGAGGUGAAUCCACUGGGCUCCAACUUUCACCUCCUGAACGUCAUCAUGCAAGGCAUCAUCAAGCCAGACCCACCAGAGCAUCUUCGGGUAGAGCCAGUGCCUUCGGUGCCCAACCGGCUGCAGGUGAGCUGGGAAUACCCUUCCAGCUGGACCAAGGAGUUUCACUUCCUGCUCAAGUUCCGCCUGCGAUACCGACCCGUCACCUCCACUUCCUGGGCUAUGGUGGAGACGGCCAAUGUGUCCGAGGUGAUUACAGACGCCUUCCUGGGCUUGCUGCAUGUGGUCCAGGUGAGCGCAAAGGACUUCCUGGAUGCUGGGAGCUGGAGCGAGUGGACCCCUGAAGCGUGGGCCAUGCCGGCCACUGGACAAACUUUGGUACCCAGCGAGACAGCCACUGCAGCCAUCAAGGCAGAAAGCCCAGCGGAGGAGCCUUCUCUGGCCCCCAACAAUGGGCCCAUUGGCCACAGCGACCCCACGGAGAAGGUGGCGGUUCUGGUGUCUCUGGGCGUCUUUGCCUUCUUCGUCCUGGCGGUGAUUCUGGUCUUCGCCUUUCUGAUGUGGGUCCGAAUGAAGAAGCACAGCAAAGAGGCCACGAAAAACCACGACCUCCUUGCCGCUGCCAUCCACAUGAAGGCCUUGCCCAAAGCUCAGAUCUUGUAGCAAGGACCCCUCCCCACCACGCCAACAAGAGGGACAUCAACGCCACUGACCUCGCCAGUCGCAGCUACAUAUUGACUGGGGGGCACUGAGGAUGCCCCUCUACUGACCCCACCACCAUGGAAGGACUUACUUAGGAAAGAAGCUCAUCAACAGGACAUUUGGGGUGGUGUAUUGGCCCUGGGGGGCACCCCUGCUGGCUGAGCACCAGCCCCCCCAAGACCUCCUCUUCUCCCCCUGUUUCCACAUGCAGACUGAAUGCUGUUUUGGGACUGACCGACAGCCUCUGGACAGCUAAGGAGGAGGAGAAUGUUGAGAUUUCGUUGCCCGCCGAGCCUGGCAGAGGGCGUCAGCGCCAGUAGGUGUUGGCUGGCACAGCUUGGGGCAAAAGGACCACACAAACCCCCAGUCUGGUGCCCCCAUCACCCGCAAGGAGCCAGAGCAUGACUCUUGGGACAGGGGGACUUUGGGGGUACACUGCCCUUCCCUCCACGGUUGCCCCGAGCCUAAAGGCAGCAUCGCUUAUGGAACCUGCUUCCCUGGAGCCCAGGCAGGGCAUGGCAGGGGUGUGUGUGUGUGUGUGGCAUCUGCAGGGCAUGGAGGAUUGGGGGUGGGAUCCUGCACCCCGUUCCAGGAAGGGAGCAUCAACCAGGGGGAGACCUCAGGGGGCAAGGCGAUGGCAAAAGCCUCACCAGGAACCACAAAGGCAAGGAACAAGGAUGGCAGAGCUAUGGAAUUGGGGGUUUUCAAUAUGUCACUGCUCCCAGCAGCCCCAGUUAGGAUAAUGGGAGCUGGAAGACAGAAACAUUUGGAGGGUCCCCAGCCCUGAAGGAGGGCGACCAUCUGUGUGUGUGUGUGUGUGUGUGUGUGUGUGUGUCCGUCCGUGUGCACACGUGUAAACUUGUACAGAUGCAGCUACUCUCAGCGUUGGAAACCUGGAACUGAAUUCUCUUUGUUGCAAUGAAUAUUUAGCAUAUAGA